AUGAGUGAUUGCGGACAGUUUGUGCCCGAAAUAAUAAAAAGACCUUUUAUACCAUUUUGGCAAUUAUUGGAACCGGGAGUUGAUGUCAACACAUGUGUUAUAGUGAGGGGACGAGUGCCACGAUUUGCCAAUCAAUUUACUUUAAGCUUUAUUGUCGGCCAAGAGAUCAGUAGUGUUGCUCAUAAUUGUGCUGAUAUUGCCCUACAAUUUAAUCCACAUUUCGAUGAUGAAGACGGAUAUAUAGUGAAUAACAGUCGUAUUGGCACCCAUUGGGGUCCACAAGAAAAACCUCGUAAUGACUUUCCAUUUGCUAGAAAACAGUGGUUUGAAGUGAAGUUUGUUUUUAAGGAAUCGUUUGUUAAGAUAUUAAUCAACGGUUCUGAUUAUGGACUGUAUAUCUAUAGAAUUCCUAUUCAAUAUAUCGGUAUAUUUAGCAUUGAAGGUGAUGUUGAAGUUGAAUCAGUUAUCAUUGCAAAAGACAUUCUUAAUGGAUUCAACCAUCAGAAGACAACUUCACAUAAAAUGCUAACAAAUGGUGAUAAAGUUGACACACCAUCCAAAGAGAUUCAAAUAAAACAAGAGAUUGAUCACAACCUUAAUCUUUAUACAAGUCGUCACUCUAUUGUUUCAAAUAUGGUUUUGUCACAGAAGACUAUCUAUUAUCCUCCGAUACCAUUCUGUCAACCCGUCUAUAACUGUCUAAGAAAUGGUAUGACUAUAACAAUCAACGGUCAGGUAUUUAAAACGCCAAAAAGUUUUCAAGUUUGCCUUCAAUGUUCACCAAAUAGUGAUGGACAACCACCUAAUGUGGCCAUCGCUAUCACUGUUGACUUUGAUAAUAAACAAGUGGUAAGAAAAAGCAGAAUUGAUAAUAAGUGGACUAAGAAUGAGACAACUUUACAACACUUCCCAUUCAAGACCAAUACAAGCGAACAAUUUUUUGAAAUUAAAAUCGAUAUAAUUGACAAUCGGUUUCGUAUAUCAGUUAAUGGACACCACUCUUGUGAUUAUAUCUCUCAAUUGAUUGACUUUACCACAGCUAAUAUGCUUGAAAUCGAUGGAGACUUACAAUUGAUUUAUGUCAAGACUGAUUCAUCACAAGUUGAUUAA